GUAGACGGAGCGGAACAGAAAAAGAGCUUCCCACAGCCGCCAAACAAACCGACCAACCGACCCACCACCAAUUCAUUCAGAACAUCCCUCAACAGUCGAGACACCGUUCUUUUCGCCAUCUUCUUGCAAAAAAAAUGUCUUACAACAAGCCAGAGAAGGGCGAGUUCGGGGAUGGGCCCAAGACUCACCGCAUUCGUAUCACUCUCACUUCACGCAAGGUUCAGUCUUUGGAGAAAGUUACUACGGACUUGAUUGAGCGCGCCAAAUCCAAGAACCUUCGUGUCAAAGGCCCUGUUAGGCUCCCCACCAAGGUUCUUAAAGUCACCACCCGCAAGACGCCUUGUGGCGAGGGUUCGAAGACUUGGGAUUGCUUUGAGAUGAGGAUCCAUAAGCGUUUGAUCGACUUGAACGCGCCUACCGAAGUCGUCAAGCAGAUUAUCAUCAACAUCGAGGCUGGUGUUGAAGUGGAGGUUACUAUUGCAGCUUAAGUUUCUGGGCGGGCUGUGAAUGGAGGUUUAG